AUGAAUCGAUUCAAGUUCGGUGACUCCGAUGAGUCUGGCUCGGAUUUUGAUGAGGAUUCGUCCUCCUUGCCCUUCCCCGAACCGUUAUCCCGGGCUUCAUUCCUUGCCCCUGAUUUCGACCCGACUACCUUCCUAUCAUCCUUAACAAAUCGACAUCAGAGUCUUGAAGAUCUACGACAGGAAUUGCGGAGCUUGGAACAAUUGCUCAACAAGGAGCUAUUGGAUCUGGUCAACGAGAACUACCAAGACUUCCUAUCCCUAGGCACUGCAUUGCGCGGAGGCGAGGAGAAGGUCGAGGGAGUCAAAGUGGGCCUGCUAUCUUUCCGGCGAGAUGUACAGUCAAUUCGUGACAAAGUAGAAGAGCGACGCCGAGAGGUGGAGGGACUAUUGAACGAGAAGCGGCAACUGCGGUCACUUGCGGACGUCGGCAAGAAUCUACUGGACUAUGCGGACCGAGUCGAGGAAUUGGAACACCUGUUAAUGAUUGAGGACAAGUCAUCUUUGCAUGGAACUCCGAUCAAUGACGAAUCGGAUGCGGAAUCCGAUCUAUAUGACAAUGGCAGCGAGGAAAGUGAUGACGAGGAGCUGGAAGAUGGCACCGCUCUCGUACCACUUAAGCGACUGGAGCGACAUGUCCAGAAAUAUGUCUUCCUGACAUCCAUCGCUACGGCAGUUGGCAAGGACCACCCAUUUCUGCUCGCUCAACAGCCAAGGGUGUCAAAGAUCAAGGCUACAGUGCUACUAGAUUUGAAGACUGCCUUGGAACAGGCCAGUCAUGUUGGUGAUAAGCGAGAUGCAAGAACCAUGGCUGUCUUGCAUCUCUACGAUUUGAUGGGCGAGGAUGUCAGUGCCGUGGCCGCGCUGAAGAACCUAAAAAUAUAA